UAUUUAUUUAUUAUAUUUUAUUGUUCUUCAAGGGUUGUGAGCAUGACAAAGAGGAAGUCCUGAUGCAGUACAGAUUACAGUCUCUCUGGACGCUCACUGUCUGAAAAACAUGCUGCACAUACUUUUUAAAUGUCCACAGUUCUGUGCUUUGCUUUUUCUGUACAGUUUGUUCUUAUUUUGUUAAAGCAUUUUUUUACAUGACCUGCAUUUCUGUUUCUCUCUGUUCCAGUUCCAGCAGAAGACAAAGGAAGAGGAAGUCAGCAUCUCAUCACAUUCAUGAUUCACACACUGCCAGGAACCACCUGAAACACACUCUGAGAGCCUAAGGCCUGUGUAGAGCUGAGUCUACUAACAACAGAGAAGAUCACUGAAGAAGAGAGAAGAAUGAAGAUCAUCUGGACUUUCACUCUGCUGAUGAUUCCUGUAGGUGCCAUGACCUCCUUGAAUGUGACUGGACAUUCAGGCGGUGAAAUCAACAUCACAUGCACAUAUCAAGGCAAACAUGGAAAUGAGAAGUAUUUUUGUAAAGUACCGUGGUUAAUAACUUGCUCUGAUCUCAUCAAGACUGAAGUGAAAAAUAAAUGGGUUGAUUCUGGAAGAUUCUCUCUGUAUGACGACACAAGAGCAGAAGUUUUCACUGUGAUCUUCAGAAAUCUGAGUGAAGAGGAUUCUGGGACGUAUUACUGUGCAGUUGAUAAAUCUUGGGCUAGAGAUUCCUACACUGAAGUGAAUCUGUACGUUAUAACAGCACCCAAAACUCCACCCUCAGUAUCAUCACCAUCAUCAUCAGUUCCAACUCCACCCAUUUCACUAAUUUCCCAGCCGUCGACAUCUGAUUUCACAUGGGAUUCUCCGUCUGUCUCAAAUGGUUUGUCUCUGAUCAUCGUUGGGUCUGUGGUUGUUCCUCUGCUCAUCGCUGGACUCGUUUCAUGUAUACUGACUGUCUUCAUGAAGCGUCAGGCUCGAGCUAAAGGCUCCGAGUCAGCCUCUAAAAUGCCUGAACCUGGAAUAGAAAACAAUGAUGCGGUUCCUCAAACUCAGUACAUUUACGAGGAGAUUAAAGACACCAGACCUCACACUGGCUGCAAAACUGCCCAGUUUACCCACAAACCCCUCUGAUUCUACAAAAAAAGUUUAUGCUAUGCCUCAGUUACCCACAAACCCCUCUGAUUCUAUUACCACAGUUUAUUCUACUCCGCAAUUACCCACAAACCCCUCUGAUUCUAUUACCACAGUUUAUUCUACUCCGCAAUUACCCACAAACCCCUCUGAUUCUAUUACCACAGUUUAUUCUACUCCGCAAUUACCCACAAACCCCUCUGAUUCUAUUACCACAGUUUAUUCUACUCCGCAAUUACCCACAACCCCCUCUGAUUCUAUUACCACAGUUUAUUCUACUCCGCAAUUACCCACAAACCCCUCUGAUUCUAUUACCACAGUUUAUUCUACUCCGCAAUUACCCACAAACCCCUCUGUUGAGUGGCAUAAGCAGUGAAAGAAUCAGUUAACCACAAAUCUUGCUAUGUUUAUAGCACACUGUUUAUUCUACCGUUUAACAGUGCUGAAGAGCCAGGGAUUAUAAAACAAAAAAAACAAUUCAAUAUAAUUUUGGGUUACUUUUGAUGAAAUUGACAUUUUAAAUGAAAAUGUAAUUUAAUUAUAUUUUGCAAAGCUAUGUUUGCAGUUACAUAUUAAC